UUUCGGUGCUAUGGAGACGGGCGUUACAAAUAGGGGGACGCACUGAUCUUAUUCGCAGUGUAUCCCCGUCCAGACGCAGAAACUGUUCUCAUGCAAACAUUACAGUCAUGUUUAAAUUUGGCGUGAUCGUGCUUCUUCUGGGUUACAGCCCUAACGCGUUUGCAACCGACUGCACUGCAUGUAAAACUACGUAUGUGGCUGCAAGAGAUGCUACUGACGCCACAGGUGCAGCGAAAUGCACUGCACUCGCGGCAUAUCUGACCUGUCUGGAGACGUCUGCGAAGACUGACACCGGGUGUCCGCUAGCAACUGCUGAUGCCGCUGUCAUUGAGACUGAUUACUCUUCUUGUAGCACGGCGACGGAAUUUACAGCAACCUGCAAAUGUCAGAAAGAGUUCUGGAAGACGGACCAAAGUGCAAAUGCUGCAGCUAUUUGCAGUGCCGCCAAGGCUUACAUACUGUGCUUGAAAGGGGAGACAGCUGUCGCCUGUGAUACGUCCGCUACUCCAGCAACUCUGGCUACUGGUGUAGAAACCAGGAUGACAGGUCUUGGGACAACAGACUGCGCUAUCGCCGACACAUGUCAGUGUCAGAUCAAUACUGCUAAAGCGACUAUUACUUCAAACGCCAACAAAUGCACUGCUUAUAACAAUGAGCUGAGCUGCCUGAGAGUCGCGAAAUCUGCAGGCUGUGACGUCACCGCCACCAAGAGCUCCAUUGCAACGGCUACUGACACUGCAAGAGCUGAUCUGCAAAGUGACUGCACAGCCCCUACUUCUACCUGUCAAUGUGAGAUUACCGCCGCAAAAGGAGACACUGCCUCUGACACACAGUAUUGCACCUUAAUGGGCUCUCUGAAUACCUGUCUCCUGGCGAUCACCACCGCUACCGAGGUCGGGUGUACUGGCACCUCCCAGGCAGCUCUUGUGACUGACACAGGCAGCAGGACUCCCAUCAGCCCUUGUGGUAGUGGUGGAGAUGACCUUAAGGUUGCGAUGACCUCAAUGAUCGUUUCAGUUCUUGCCUGCAUAUUCCUGUAAGAUGAAAACAACCGUCAAUGGCAGAAUUUUUUUAUUCCUAUAUAUUCUUCUUCUUUGUAUCUUUAUACUUACAAGGUGAUGAUGUGCUAGAAAUGUAACACAAUUUAACGGAUUUUCGGCCUGUGUUAACAUUUCUAUAACAAACAGUUUUCUGUAUCCAAGGGCAUGUUUUCAAAAUGAAAAUGGAUGGAAUUAUUCCAAAAUCCCCAAAGCACAAUAUACAUAUGUACUACUUGUAUGACCACCAUGUAUGAAGAUGGAUAAAGCUUAUUGCCACUGAGAAUCAUUGUGUGGUCAUGAGUAUGUUUAUUAUAGUUGUAUAUGUCAGGAAUUAUUGUGAUUUGCAAAGUCACCUGAUGGUUCACGGCAUGCUACAGGUACCCUUUUAAAUGUACAGCAUGUCACUCGUCUAGGUAUAAUGCAUUUACAAAAUGUGUCGUGUUUUGUACUCUAAUGACGUGUUGAGGUACUCACGGUGAUCGUUUGUUAUUCCACAGAAAUAAACAGUACAUUUCACGGUA